GUGUGCCUCCUCUGGGGCACAGGCUGUGUGCUCUGCAGCGAACGCUACAAGUGCUCGCAGCGGAGUUGCAGGUCCGCUAGAGUAUGGCAGCUGGUCCCCCAUCCUUCACGGGACGGCGUUGCCGGGGUUCCCUCGCGCUCUGGGGGUUCGCCAGACCGCAGCACAUGGGCCGGCUCCGGAGCGCCAGGACGCACGUGGAGCGCGCUGUCAAGCAGAAGAAGAUCUUCAUGAUCCAAGGCCGCUACCCGGUGAUCCGCUGCCUCCUGCGCCGGAGGGGCUGGGUGGAGAAGAAGAUGGUCCUCCACUCCGGCGACGCCCUGCAGCCCCCGCAGCAGGGUCUGGAUUGCUUGGCCACAGAUGACAGUGACACCACGGAGGACGGGGAUGAUGACGAGGACGACGACGCGUUCCAGCCGCCAUCGCUGUUGGGCUUUGAAGAUUUACUGGACUACGAUGACCAGGACGGGACACACGCCCUCAUGUCCCGCAUGGUUCGCAACGAGAUCCCCUACUUCAUCUGGACCACUCGCCGGGACGUGCUGGACUGUCGCUUCCUGUGCAAGGAUCAAAUGAUCAACCACUACGCCCGGGCCGGCUCCUUCACCACAAAGGUGGGUUUGUGUGUCAAUCUCCGGAAUCUGCCGUGGUUUGACGAGGCUGACGCGGACUCCUUCUUCCCACGCUGCUACCGCCUGGGCGCCGAGGACGACAGGAAAGCCUUCAUAGAGCAGGCCUGGAGUCUAGGGGCUGAGCAGCGUCUCCCCCGCCCGGGAGCAGAGGACUUCCGGCUGACAGCUGCCCGCAACGUUCUCAAGCUGGUGGUCAAGUCUGAACGGAGGCUGGGCUCUCGCCCACCGGAAGAGGAGGCCGCCCCAGUGGAUGUGGCUCUGACUUCAGAGGCCCCAGUCCUGUCAGGUACAAGUGUCGUGAGCCAGUAUCCAGACAUGAGGACCUCAGAAGUGUCAGAGGUCUCAGGAGCAGAGAAGGCUUCAGGAGGCAAGCAAGAGAAGGAGAAGAAGCAGGAGAAGAAGCCAGUGACGGUGUCCCCAGAGUUUGUGGAUGACGCUCUGUGGGCCUGCGAGGAGCACCUCAACAACCUGGCCCACGUGGACAUCGACAAGGACCUGGAGGCGCCGCAGUACCUCAGCCCCGAGCGCUGGUCCCUCUUCCUCCAGCGCUACUACCAGGUGGUCCACGAGGGGGCAGAGCUCAGGCACCUCGACUCUCAGGUCCAGCGCUGUGAAGACAUCCUGCAGCAGCUGCGGGCUGUGGUGCCCCAGAUUGACAUGGAAGGAGACCGCAACAUCUGGAUCGUGAAACCAGGAGCCAAGUCCCGCGGACGAGGCAUCACGUGCAUGGACCACCUGGAGGAGAUGCUGCGGCUGGUGGACUGCAACCCCAUGCUGCUGAAGGACGGCAAGUGGGUGGUGCAGAAGUACAUCGAGCGGCCCCUGCUCAUCUUUGGCACCAAGUUUGACCUGAGACAAUGGUUCCUGGUGACCGACUGGAACCCGCUCACCGUGUGGUUCUACCGCAACAGCUACAUCCGCUUCUCCACGCAGCCCUUCUCCCUGAGGAACCUGGACAACUCUGUGCACCUGUGCAACAACUCCAUCCAGAAGCACCUGGAGAACUCGUGCCACCGACACCCGCUGCUGCCCCCAGACAACAUGUGGUCGAGCCAGAAGUUCCAGGCCCACCUGCAGGAGGUGGGAGCCCCGGACGCCUGGGCCACCGUCAUGGAGCCGGGCAUGAAGGCGGCUGUGAUCCACGCCCUGCAGACCUCCCAGGACACCGUGCAGUCUCGCAAGGCCAGCUUCGAGCUCUACGGUGCUGACUUCGUGUUCGGGGAGGACUUCCAGCCCUGGCUGAUUGAGAUCAACUCCAGCCCCACUAUGGCGCCCUCCACGGCCGUCACCGCCCGCCUCUGCGCCGGCGUGCAGGCCGACACCCUGCGCGUGGUCAUCGACCGGCGGCUGGACCGCAACUGUGACACGGGGGCCUUCGAGCUCAUCUACAAGCAGCCUCCCGUGGAGGUGCCGCAGUACGUGGGUAUCCAGCUCCUAGUGCAGGGCUCCACCAUCAAGAAGCCCUUGGCGCUGUGUCACCAGCGGAUGGGGAUCCGCCCAGGACUCCCUCGCCUGCUGCACGGUUCUGGGGAAGGCAAGGACUGGGGGACCCUGACCCACAGGUCAGCUCCUAGGAGAGUUGCUGGGGCCAGGAGCCUGGGGCGCACUGAGAAGCCAGCCACUGCCACCACGUCGGCCCCCGGGAAGGGGAAGAAAGGCAAGGCGAAAAGCGCCACAGCCCUGGCCCACCCCCGGCUCCAAAAGCGGGACCCCCCGACCAGGAUGGGCUGCAUUUUCACCAUGGCCUUUGCUAGUGGGGACAGGCAGCCCCAUCCCCUGAACAGAUUGCCACUGAGUCCGAAGAACCCCCAGGCCCUGGCCGAGGUGUCAGGAAGUGUAAGCAAGUUGCCCGAGGUUGCACAGCUCAGAAGGGGCAGAGCCGGGAUGCAGACCCAGGCGGCGGCUGCCCAGCGUCCUCGCUCUUUCCAUCCUGGAAGCACCUGGGGGCCUCCAUGCUUUGAAGUCGGAAAUCUUCCUAGGAAGGUCAAGGCCAAAGGCAAGUUCAAGGCUAGAGUCUGUGACAAGCCCAAGGCGGAGGCACGCCUCAUGAAGACGCUGAGCUUGCUGGAACCCUCCACCCCUUGCGGACGUGCACCGCUGGCUGGCGAGGCCCUCCUGCACGUCCUCACUGCCCCCUUCUGGAGUCAGAGCCAAAUAAAAAGCAACAAGUGAAACAUUCUGGCCUUGGCUUCCUUUCUGUUGGAGGGUGAAAAGA